GCCGACAUGAUGCAAAAAUUGAAUCUAUUAAAAACAGUCUCGCUUCUGAUGAAGUGAACCGUAAAAAUGACAGGUAACGCGCCCGUCUACUGUUUCACCAUACCGUCGUUGCACGAUAGCACUGUUCUGGACUGCCGGAUAUACCACCCUGCGUCUCUUCAGGAUGCGCAGAUAGGCCAGCAAAGAACCAGGAAAGCAGCCCUUAUAGCACAUCCAUAUGCGCCAUUAGGAGGUUAUAUGGACGAUCCUGUGGUUAUGACAAUAGUGGAUCAACUGAUUGAUCUGGACUUUGUCGUGGGGACCUUCAACUUCCGAGGUGCCGCAGACUCUCAAGGCAGUACCAGCUGGGCUGGCAAAGCGGAACGAGACGACUAUGUCUCUGUCGCUGGCCAUCUACUGUUCUAUCUAGACUACCUUCACAAAUCGGACCAUGGACCUGCUAUCACCAGAGAUUCGCAAUCUUCUGCUGGCAGUAUAGAUAAUGCAUCAUCCGAUCAUAUCGCUUUGGUCCUGGGUGGCUAUUCUUAUGGUUCUCUAAUUGUCACGCACCUCCCUCCCACUACGGAGAUCUUGGCCACUUUCCACCAGACACAGUCGUCGACUAGGGUCUCCGAGAUCCUGCUCAGAGCGAAAGAAUUGGCCCUACAGACAGAUGAACUGAUAACCAAACAAAUGGAGACUCGAGGUAGAUUGUCGAAUAAACCUCCACGAAGAGGACACCAACGGCAAUCGAGUUCUCAACAUUCAAUCACAUAUGGAGGCAGCGACAGUCCUUCUCCCGCGGACCGGCAUGGCAUUGACCUCGUACACAAGAGUAUGGAGGUACCGGCACGAAUCAAGCAUGCUAUACAUCAUAAUCGCAAGCACUCGACUACUUCGACGCCAACAUCUUCCUUAACUUCCUCGGAUGGUAGUAUUUCUCAAAGCAACGAAGUGAUGCUCGGGAGUUUACCACAUGUCUUGACGCGUUACCUUCUAAUCUCGCCUUUGUUGCCUCCAAUAUCAACCGCUCUCUCAUUUUCAGCGUCGAGCCUGAUGUUUUGGCGACACACUGCCAGUCACACUGACAAUCUGGUGCGAAAUCCGACACUUUUGAUAUAUGGUACGGAGGAUAUGUUUACAUCUUCACACAAGAUGGAUACUUGGUGUAAGAAGAUGGAUGCAUUAUCGGCGCAAGCUGUAGGUUCGAGCGGGCAGUCAUCUGUUAGAUGGAUGAAGGUCCAAGGUGCAGGUCACUUUUGGAGAGAGCACGGCGUGGAAGCACAGCUGACCGAGAGUCUGCGAAAGUGGGUGCACGAAGAAAUCGCACUUGACUACUCGUAACAUGAGUGACAAUAAUAUUCAACGAAAAUCUUGACCAGACUUGAAAAUAAUUAAAGACCAAUGCAAGUGACGGCCAAAAAGAGCUGCAGCUUCCCCAGAUGGUCAACGCGGAUCAAGCCCGCCGUCGUCACAGCC